AUGUUCAAGGUGAGAGCGUGGAGCCCGGUCACAGCUGUCACCGCCCCCUCCCGGCUGCCCGAGCCGUCCCCGCGCUGUCUUGGGGCCUCUCCACAGGCCAGGCCCGAGGCUUUUCCCGCCACUGGGCCGGCUGCGUCCCGGCCCCGCGGUUCAUUCACUGGUCUACUGGGGAUGAGCGGCUGCCGGGCGGAGGCGAGAGACCCCCGGGCAGUGGGUGAUGCUUGCAAACUAAUGGGGGAAAGGAAAUUUCACCGUAUAAUUGUGGAAGAUGAGCGUGUUUUCCCAAAGUCCAAAGUAACUGAUAUAAUGGAUGUUGUCACCGUGCAAGAUUAUAUACAAUAUCGCAGUUUUUUCGAUGAGGCCCCUGCGUUUUCUGGUGGCAGAAAUAACAGCUGGCGCAAAUUAAAUCUUGAAAGUAUUCCCAGGACAACGCUAAUGUAUGACAUAGUUCAUUAUUCAGAGUCUGGAGUAAUCUCAAACCGUCUACGAAAUGAAAUGAAGUUUCUAUUACAGAGACCAGUAACACAAGAGAUCCAUAAGCACCAGCUACGGAUUGUUUCUGAAAACAGGGGUCCAUCCUUAACUGUCCAACCUCUGUAUCGGCCCUACAAACAACAAAAUCAAGUUAAAUUUCUCGGUCGCCGGUCCAAGCAAGCUCAAAUGAAAGUUGAAAAAAUGAGAAAGGUGUAUUUGGCAAAAGAAAAAAAUACUUCUGAGGUGACUGAACAAAAAACGGACCCAUCAGGUACAAAGGAUAACUGUCAUCUCCACUCCAUCUUUUGACAUUGUGAAAACUAAGGAAUCUAUGUCAGAGCAUCAGCUGGAAAAAGAAAGAAAAGGACUCAUUUUCCUGGUAUCAAAACUUGGCAGUUGGUGAUUCUCCAUCAUGAUAAUGCACAGUUAAUUGACAGAAAACCAAAGUUGUUUAACAAUCUGCUUGUCUGUCUAUAAAUGAUGAGUAUGAGUAAUAAAGGAAAAUAACAUAGA